AUGGCUGAAAUAGGACAAGAAUAUGAUGUUAUUGGUCCAACUGAACUGGAGGAAAUUAAAGAAGCUUUGGCCAACACGGGUCUAACAACUGCAGUAGGGGCGAUUCAAGAUUACUUUGAGCAACAAGAGCAUGUGGAACUGAACAUAGCCGUUACAGGGGAAUCAGGAUCUGGUAAAUCAACAUUCGUCAAUGCAUUUCGAGGACUGGGGGAUGAGGAGGAAGGAUCUGCUCCAACUGGAGUUGUUGAGACCACCAUGGAACCAAAAGCGUACCUGCAUCCUGAACAUGUGAAUGUAAAAGUUUGGGAUCUGCCUGGGAUCGGGACACCAAACUUCAAAGCUGACAAAUACCUUGAAGAAGUUGGUUUUCAGCGUUACGAUUUCUUUAUCAUUGUCUCAUCAGAGCGAUUCAGGGAGUGCCAUGUUCAGCUGGCCAAUGAAAUAAAUAAAAUGAAGAAGAAGUUUUAUUUUAUUCGAUCAAAGAUUGAUUGUAGCAUCAGUGCUGAAAGCAGGAAGAAGAGCUUCAAUAAGGAGAAGACCCUGAAUGAUAUCCGGGAAGACUGUGUUAGAGGUCUUGAAAGCAUCGGUGUGACCUCUCCUGACGUCUUUUUAAUCUCUUGUUUUGACCUGGGGAGCUACGAUUUCAGACGUCUGCAGGAGACCAUGAAGAAGUCUCUUCCCCAGUUCAAGAAAUAUCUUCUUAUGCUGGUCUUACCAAAUAUACCGCCUCAAUGCUACCUAAAACAAAAACAUAUUCCUCACCCCAUAAAUGUGGCCACACUAUGUUAG